AUGGAAAAGGCAGAAGUUAAAAAUGAGGAAUAUUAUUGCUGUGUGGUCACUUUAAAUGCUUCGGUAUUUUGCAUGGCCAUUAAUCACUGGAGGCACCAGUUCAUCUGUGGAUUCAAAAAGCAGCUCAGGGUCUUUGCUUUGGAUGUCAAGAAGGAUUCUGGUCAUGUGUUGGAUUUGGAGACAUGCUUCACUGAUCGCAGGCACAAAGACAUUGUGUCAGCUGUGGUCUGCAUUGAUACAAGGAUAUACUCUGCUGGGUAUGACAAGAAAUUCAUCAUGUAUAACACCAGCUCGUACCCAAACAGCAAAACCCUGCAGGUCGUCUACUGCAACACCAACGCUCAUGAUGCGGGUAUCACAAACCUGAUGGUGGUCCAAGAACACGAGAGCACAAGGCUGAUUACUGGUUCCUUCGAUAAAAGUGUGAGAGUUUGGUCACAGGAUGGACAGCUGAUCAUGAAGCUCCCUCACUUUGCCCAGUUUAUAAGCAGCCUCUGCUUUGUGCCCUGCGUGAACUCUGUGUGGAUCUGCAGCGGUCCUCCGAACCCUUCCGUCUUCGACCCAAGCUCUGGGGAGAUUGUUUCUGAGUCUGUUGAAACUUUCCAAACACACGAGUCUGGACAACCUUUCCAUCAACUGGUCUGUAUCCCAGAGACUAACCAUGUGAUUGGUUCUAGCCGGCAGCACAGAGAUGUGACGGUGUGGAAAUACAACAAGAUGGGCUGCGUCGCAGUCUUACAAAGCAAACAGCCUGUGGAAUGCCUGACUUACACCCAGAAGGAGCCUAUACUCUUUUUCAGUGGACACAGUGAUGGGACGAUUCUAAAAUGGGAAAGGCAGCAGUCAUCGUACUUUCUGUACAGCCAUGAAGUGUUCAAUAUGUUUGAAACACCAUCCAGAAGAAUGGACAGGUCCAGUACCAACAAAGUGAGAAGGAAUAUCAGUUGCCAAAAAGCCCAUUCAGCAUAUCACCUCAUCGAUGUUGCCCUGAGUGGGGAAAAGGCAUCAUCUGGAGUCACAGCAUCCAACAAGACUGUGCAGCCACCCAGUUUUACCAGGACCGUGUUUGUGGAAGAGUUGGACUUGCUGGUGCUUGCUGCUGACAAUGGGAAUAUUUACCUUUGGGGCUUUGAUGAUUCCCUUUCUGGUAUCCUCAAGAUGAUGCCUUCAAAGAGGAGCCGAGAGCAGGAUAACGCAAGGAGAUUUGAAGUCUUACUGGAUCAAACUGUUAACAGAUGGUGCUCUGCAGCUGAGGAGGAAAAUGGUUCAGUAAAUGAUCGAGUUUCAGGGUUUAUCUGUAAGAAGGUGCUGUCUCACCAUGUUCAGCCUGUGGGAGGAAUUGCUGUGGUUAGGAGAGAUCAAGGCUACAGCACAGAUUACCUGAUCUCGGGUGGCUGGGACAGGAGAAUUUGUGUGUGGGAUCUGCAAGUGGGUAUGUUACAUAACACAUUCUCCAACACUGCACCGGAAGAGAGGAGCAAUAUUCAAGAGCUGGCCUGUGAUGGUGCUAUUUUAGAUCUUGCCUACUGCCCAAAGUGGAAUGAAUUUGCCUAUUCAUCGAGUGAUGGGAUGAUCUACGUUCGCCACUUCAGCCCCAUCACAAGUGAAAUGAAGCUCAUGAGUGUGCUGCAGGGUCAUGAGGCUGAUAUCACUGCUGUCUUGUGGCAUUCUCUCUUAAACAAGUGGCUCAGUGGUUCAGAGGAUGGGAGUAUUUGCUUAUGGAAUAAAGACGGAACAAAAUGUGAGCAGAGCCUGGUGGCACACGGAGCCGUUAAUUGUCUCUGUAUCGACCGGGUCAAUGGAUACAUUCUGGCUGGGAUUCAGGAGAGCUUGAGAGUUUAUGACCCAGAGUCCUUUGUACAAGUGCAGAGAAACAUUGGGCACACAGAUUCAAUCCGCUCCAUCAUACACAUCCCUGAGAGAGCUCAGUAUGUUACUGCUUCUUGGGAUCGCACACUGCGUAUCUGGAAUUCUUACAUCAAGCCUCCCAACAGAAGCAACAACAUGAGGGAAAAUGCAGCAUGCUGAGAGGAAACAGCGACGGGACAUCAAACACAUUUAGCAACUGUGUUGAAAUUGCUGUCAUCAAGUGAGACAUGAGAUGAGCAGUGUUUUGUAAAUUGUAGUCACGUGAACGCAAUGACGAGGCGAGCAGGUCACAAGUUGGGUAUUCUCUUAACUUGCUUCCUGAUUCACCAAAGCCUUUCCGCCAUCCAUGAGUCAGAAGAUGCUGCGGGUUUUGUCAACAGAGCGUCAUAAAUCCAUGACCUCUACUGUCUUAGAAAGACAAGGGCCACAGUUGGAUAGGUACCUCAUCACCUCCAAGCUCCUGACCAAGUCAUGCAUCAUCCUGAAUAUAUUGCUAUUCCUUCAUGUAGCUGACCAAACCUGAAAACAACACUGGAGGUAAGUUCAUCACAUGCAGUGCAGAGGUUACAAAGGCAGCUCACCUUUACCCAUCUUCACAAAGACAGCACAGUCGAUAAAUAAGUGUCUUGCCUUGCCGAAGCACAUUCCAAAAAUUAAUUUUCUUUAAAUUGUGAAGAACCAGAGUGAAGAUGCAAGGCCUUGAUUACAGACUGUCAGGAAGUCUGGGAAAUGUACAAAAAUAUGCAAGAGCAAGAAGAUGAUGGCAAAACUUUAAAAAAUACAUGUUUGGCUCCAAAUGGUGUCCAGUCUUGGCUGAAUGCUACUGGAAGGAUGUGAAGACACUGAGGAUAUAGAAAAGAUUUACAAGAAUAGGGAGAGGCUGAAUAGGCUGGGGCUAUUUUCCCUGGAGCAUUGGAGGCUC